UAUUUAUACCAACUACUGCGACAUUGAUUGUCUGCUCGUCCUUCACUCGUUACUCGCUUGCUUUCCUUAUACCAUCAUGGCGAAGGUAGAAACUGUAGUGUUUCUGUCGCUGAUUCUGGAUCUCUUCGCGUUCACAAUACCGUUGCCCCUCUUUCCCCGGUUAAUUGAAUGGUACACUCUGAGAGAAAGCACCAAUGACUCAGGUUUAUUAUCGCAAACCUUAAACUUCGUGCGAUCUGUUAGAAGUCUUCUCUACAAGCCAGGUGUCCAAUCGCAAAGAUGGGACGUCGUUCUUCUCGGUGGUUUAAUGGGAUCUGUGUUCUCUGCUCUACAGUUCUUCAUUUCCCCAAAGAUUGGAGCAUUAUCGGACAAGUAUGGGCGGAAGAAGGUUCUCCUGCUUACCAUGAUUGGAAACAUCCUUUCUGCUCUUGUAUGGCUCAAGUCUACGACAUUUGCAACCUAUAUGCUCUCUCGAGUGAUCGGAGGCUUGAGUGAAGGGAACGUCCAGCUGGCAAUAGCAAUUCUCUCUGACAUCACUACGGCCGCCAAUCGUUCGAAAGCACUGGCCCACGUCGGAAUCGCAUUCGCAAUCUGCUUCUGUAUCGGCCCGCCCAUCGGUGCCUACUUUGCUUCCAGGCCUUUACCCCAGUCAGUUAGCUCCCUCGGCUUUGAGCUCAACAUCUAUGCAGUCCCGGCUCUUAUCACUCUCAUUCUCCUGGCCAUCGAGACCAUCUUCCUCAUUGUUGCUCUCCCCGAAACUCGUGGUACCAAGGCUCCUGAACACAAGAAAUCUGCAGCCUCCGCGUCGCCAUCGAAAACUCAGCCACCUAAACCAACCAAACGCUUCACGAUCCAACAACGCAUUCAAAACCUCAAGACACUCCGCAGACUGCACUUUUCCUUCUUAGCCGUGUUCUCAGGGGUUGAAUUCACAUUGACAUUCUUGACUUUUGAUCUUCUAGACUGGAACAACACGCAAAACGGCAAGCUAAUUGGGAGCAUUGGCGUGGUUAGCGCGUUACUUCAAGGAGGCUAUGUUCGACGCUCAGCGUCCAGGAUCGGGGAGGGAAAGAUGGCCCGUCAGGGUGUGGCGAGCUGUGUGCUUAGCCUGAUCUUGCUUGCUGUCUUCCCCAACUACGUGCAAACCAACCAAACUUUCGCAUUGAGGCUUCUACAGCUUGCCGCUGUCUGUUUGGCGUUCACCAGCGCUACGGUGGUGAAUUCGUUGACUGCAUUCGCAUCAUUGCAAUGCGACGAUCCAUCAGUUGACCCGGACACCGGGAAACCAUUGGAAGAGAAUCCCGAACUUGCCAAAGGCAAGGCUCUCGGAAAAUUUAGGUCAUCUGGUCAACUAGGGAGAGCCUUGGGUCCUCUUAUCGGUGAGAAGUUUCUACUCAACGGCCAAACAAAAAGCGCCUAA